AUGGGGACUGAUAACACAACCAUAGAUCGUUCAUCUGGACUGGAAUCGGCUCUCGAACACAUUCAGACGUUCUCACUGGUCGUCUACUGUGUGAUUAUAGUGGUUGGGACAGUGGGCAAUGGUCUGGUCAUCUACGUGACCGGCUUCAAGAUGAAGAAAACAGUCAACUCUGUGUGGUUUCUCAACUUGGCUCUGGCAGACUUCCUCUUCACAGCGUUCCUGGUGUUUACAGCAGUCUCUCUCUCUCAGCAGCACCACUGGCCUUUUGGACAGUCUAUGUGCAAACUCAACAACUUCGUGAGCUUGGUCAACAUGUUUGCCAGCGUCUUUUUUCUGACGGCCAUAAAUCUGGAUAGAUGUCUGUCCACAUGGGUGGUGGCAUGGGCACAAAACGAGCGCACCGUCUUCAAGGCUCAAAUCAUCAGUGCUGUAAUCUGGUUUGCUGCAGCGAUCUGUAGCACACCUUAUGCCUGCUUUCGCAUUGUGACCUACCAGGACAAUGACACCCAGUGCAUUUACAAUUCUACCAUCCAACAAAAACAGACUCUGUACACUUUCCGCUUUGUUGUGGGCUUCCUCAUCCCAUUCUUGACAAUAUUUUUCUCUUAUGUGGCAAUAGGAAUACGUUCCAAACGUCUGCAAAAUGUGAGGAAACACUUAUCUCACCGUGUAAUUGUUUUCAUCAUUGUUGCAUUCUUCGUCUGCUGGUUGCCAUUUCAUGUUGUGAGUUUUAUAGAAUUAGCUUCCAGCAAAAGAAAGGACCUUAUGAAGAUUGUUAGGAUUGGAGGUCCUUUGAGUCUGAGUCUAGCUUUCAUGAACAGCUGCCUGAACCCCAUCCUCUACGUUUUUAUCCGAGAUGACUUCCAAAAUCAGCUUCAUCAUUCUGUGUACUUUGUUGUAGAAAAUGCUCUGGCGGAGGACUUUUUGCCAUCUGCGUCUUCUCGUUUCUUGUCACCACAGUUGUUACGGUCUGAUAGAAAAUCAGAGUCCUCUGUUCCUGUCUAG